AUGCCUCGAUCCUACAAAAGGACAACUACCCGUCAGACGUGGACCGAAAGUCAGCUGGCUGCUGCUAGACACGAAGUGGCCUGCGGAAUUUCGGUUCUUGCUACCGCGGUAAAAUACGGUAUUCCAAGGACCAGUUUGAAGAGGCGAAUUGCAUUUCCUACAAUGACAAUGAGUAUGGGGCCUAAGGAAGCCGUUUUCACUGCAGAACAGGAAAAUGAAUUGGUACAGCAUCUCUUGGACUUGGAGAGUCGCUUCUAUGGCCUUACUCAAAAGGAUGUCCAAAAGCUUGGCUUCGAGCUAGCCGAAAGAAACUUCCUUCCACAUCCCUUCAACAAAGUCAAAAAAAUGGCAGGGCGCGAUUGGUUACUCGGCUUUCUGAAACGAAAUCCAAAAUUAAGCUUUCGAAAGCCUGAAGCCACGUCUUACGCGCGUGCACGAGGUUUCAACAAACAGGCAGUAUAUGCUUUUUAUAAUUUACUCGAGCAAUUUCUUAAAGAAGGAAGAUUUGCUCCUACCCAAAUAUAUUUAAUGCAGACGAGACCGGAAUCAGCAAAGUCCCUCCAAAAAAAACAAAAAAUUGCUGCUUUAAAAGGAAAGAAGCAAGUGGGAUCGAUUUCCUCUGCGGAACGUGGAGAAACUACUUCGGUGAUGAUGUGCAUGUCUGCAACCGGUAAAUAUGUUCCUCCAUUCAUGAUCUUUCCUCGAGCUCGGAUGAAUGAAGCAUUGAAGGGAGGUGCUCCGGCUGGGACUAAGUUUCGGUGUAAUGCAUCGGGAUAUAUGACGACGGAAGUAUUUCUCGAUUGGUUCGACCACUUCCUGGAGUACGCUAAGCCAUCAAAGGAAACACCAGUAUUACUUAUUAUCGACGGACAUAGUACGGACACGAAGAAUCUGGCUCGUGCUGAAAAGGCAAGGAACAGUUUUGUAACAGUUCUUGUAUUGCCCCCCCACUGCAGUAAUAAGAUGCAACCUCUAGACGUUGCAUUUAUGGGACCAUUUAAGAAGAACUUUUCCUACGCAGCAGACGCUUUCUUGCGCCAACAUCCUGGGGUUGUAAUUGGGCUGUACGAUGUUGCAAAUUUGAUGGCGCAAGCUUUUGUUAAGGCUGCCAGCAUAAGUGUUGCCAUUUCUGGUUUCAAAGCAACCGGAAUAUGGCCUUGCAAUUGUCACGUAUUUUCGGAUGAAUCUUUUGCGCCGUCCGAAGUUACAGAUCAACCUGAAGUACAACCUGUUGAGAAUCAUGAUGAACCUGCAAGCUGCACGGUAGAGAAAAGUGUAGUUGAAUCUACGUUGGAAGAUGGUUUAAUUCCUGGCGACCAAGCUGUUAGUGACAUGGAAUCAUCUUUCAACGUUACGCCUAAAGAAAUUCUGCCGCUUCCGAAAAUUUCCAGAAGCGCAAAACCGAAAAAGCGGUUGAGAUCACAUCUGACUCAUACCGCCAAGAAUUAG